AUGAUGCAAUCAAACACGACUAAAAUAAAUCAUUUCAAUAUUAUUUCUAUUAUUGAACAGCAUCUCGACCGGGGUUGCGUCAAAAACCUUUUCAGUAAAAAUCAUUUUAAUUAUGUUAACCACAGAACCCAGAAGUGGUUCUUAGCCCAUAAAGACUGGGAUAGAAAUAACACACCUAUCAUUAGUAUGUUAGAAGAAUAUUUAAAAAUUAACACCAUCCCAUGGACUCACGUCAAAUUUAAAUAG